CUUGUAAGUUGCAUACUUUAACAAGGAAAAGUAAAAAUAUAGCGGUGUUCAGGAUUAAGCACUUUCAUGACUGUGAAACACCACAACACCGUUUAUGACGUCACCACCUCCACGUUUGAUACAAGAUGGCGACGAAGACUCUGCUGUUAAACAUCUUUAUAGUGAGUGUACAGGUCUGGUGGUGUAAGGGCUUCUACAUACCAGGGGUAGCACCUGUAGAGUUUAUCAAAGGUCAAGAUGUAGAUGUUAAAGGCGUGAAAUUAACUAGUGUACGGACCCAGCUUCCAAUGGAGUAUUACAGGGCACCAUUCUGUGAACCUGAGGGUGGUGGCCAGUACAAGCCCGAAAAUCUAGGUGAAGUUCUUAGAGGAGAUAGGAUUGUUUCAACAGCUUAUAAGAUCAAAGCAUUGGAGGAUCAGACCUGUAAAUUACUGUGUACGGGUGACAAACCCAGCCAGCUGUCACUGAAACAGGCUAAAAUCCUCAUUGACUUGAUAAAGAACGAUUACUAUGUGCAUCUGUUGGUUGACAAUUUACCGUGUGCCACAAAGUUUGCUUUAAUUGAUACACAAGAGAUCCAAUACGAGCAUGGCUAUAGACUUGGUUUUGAGAAGGAUGGAAAGGCUUACUUGAACAAUCAUUUGAAGAUUUUAUUGAAGUACCACUUUGAUGUUAGUAGCCAGACAAACAGAGUAGUUGGGUUUGAGGUAGCCCCAGAAAGCCGUUCCGUAACAGAUUACGAGGUCAAGGAUGGUGCAUGUUCAAGUAAAGCCAGUCUUGCUAAAUCGGACCCAUCUCCUCUGCUUGUAGAGGCUAAAGAAGGGACAGAGGUUAUGUUCACAUAUGAGGUACACUGGGAGCAGAGUGAUAUAAUCUGGGCAUCAAGAUGGGACACGUACCUGGCUAUGAGUGAUGUACAGAUACAUUGGUUCUCCAUCAUCAACUCUGUUGUUGUUGUCUUCUUUCUCUCAGGUAUAUUGACUAUGAUUAUGAUCCGAACAUUGAGAAAGGACAUUGCAAAAUAUAACAGAGAUGAGGAUUUGGAGGAAACAUUAGAAGAGACCGGAUGGAAGCUUGUACAUGGAGAUGUAUUCAGACCACCAAGAUUUAAUAAGUUGCUGGCCUCACUUCUUGGUGCUGGAAUACAAGUCUUCUUUAUGGCUAUGAUUACUGUUGCAUUUGCUAUGUUGGGUAUGUUAUCACCAGCGUCUAGAGGGGCUCUCAUGACUGCAGCACUAUUCCUCUUUGUAUUUAUGGGGUUGAUUGCAGGAUAUUUUGCUGCAAGAAUUUACAAAACAAUGAAAGGUACUCAAUGGAAACAGUCCGCUUUACAGACUGCUACAUUAUACCCAGGACUUGUUUUUGGAAUAUGUUUUUUCCUGAACUUUUUCAUCUGGGGCAAACAUUCAUCAGGAGCUGUACCAUUUACAACAAUGUUGGCUCUACUCUGUAUGUGGUUUGGUAUUUCAGUGCCACUUGUGUUCCUAGGCUAUUUCUUUGGGUUCAGAAAACAGGCAUAUCAGCAUCCUGUUAGAACCAAUCAAAUUCCAAGACAAGUUCCUGAACAAGCCUGGUAUAUGUCACCAGGUCUCAGCAUCUUGAUGGCAGGUAUUUUACCAUUCGGAGCUAUGUUCAUUGAACUGUUCUUCAUCUUUACAGCAAUCUGGGAGAACCAGUUCUACUAUCUGUUUGGUUUCUUGUUUCUAGUGUUUGUCAUUCUCAUAAUUUCUGUAUCACAAAUCUCUAUUGUGAUGGUAUACUUCCAGUUAUGUGGCGAGGACUAUCACUGGUGGUGGAGAUCGUUCAUCGUGUCUGGAGGUUCAGCUGUUUAUAUAUUUGCAUAUUCUAUAUUCUACUUCAUGACAAAGUUGGAGAUCACAGCUUUUGUAUCAACACUGUUGUAUUUCGGUUACACAUUGUUGAUGGUGCUGACAUUCUGGUUGUUAACCGGAAGUGUAGGUUUCUAUGCGGCUUACUGGUUCAUCCGUAAAAUAUACAGUGCCAUCAAGAUCGAUUAACCCUGUAAAGGACAUCUAGGACUUUUUUAACAAAUUCUCCUUCAUUUUGACUUAGUAGUGCACACACAGUGUCAAUCCCGUAUUAGCAGUCUUUUAUAGAUAAUAGCCAUCAGUGAAAAAUAGAUGUUCCACGGUGAUCGAGGUGGCGAAAAAGACAAUAUUGUACAUAAUGAAGAUUUCGUUGAGGGUUUGAACCAUAUUAUGGUAUUGUUGGAAUGAAAUCCUCAGCAAAAAGGAGAUUUUGUGAUAUCACUGGGAUUUAUAUCAACCUUUCAGUUGUAUUCUUUCAUAAGGUGAUACAAACAUUCUUGCGAAAAACAACUGUUUCUUGUCAUACAUGGGCCAGCAUUUACACAUAUCGUCAAUCGUGUUUCAGCAAAUAAGAAUAAAGUGGCAUCACAUAGUUAUCAUGUAAGGAAUUUACAUGAGAAAUUUGAAGUUGCAUCACUGUGAUUUCCAGAAUGACUGCUAAUUCGGGCUCGACAUUUUUUAGUUCCAUUCCCUUUUUUUUUGCUGUUUAACCAUAAACUUGUGUAUUACAGUUUGUGGACGAACACUUAAUUUUGUUUCAUUUGUAAAUGAAGCAGUGUGGGGGACUAAACAGUGCUUUUGGGUUCAAAGUUAUAAAGAUAACGCUAGAGUUGUAUAAACAAUGGGUUUGAUUUGGAGGGUUCUUUUAUAUUCCAAGAUGGUUCAGAGAUAAUAAUGUGAUAAAGUGUGUUAUUUGUUUAUGUGUGCGAUAUGAUUAAUUCCAGAAAUGUCAUGCGUAUGGCAGAAAAUUAGUGUGAAAUGUCUGUUGUUUUGAAAAUUAGAGAUUUUUGUGCUUUUUACUGCAAGAAAGAAAUCAUCGUUAAUGUCUUGCCAUAAUGUGAAUACAAUUUAAUUUAACAAAUUGGAUGAAGUUGGAAAAAAAAUAAUCUAGGAAAAACAAAAAAACUUGGCCAACACUUUUGAUUUGAAGAAACAACUUGGCCAACACUUUCGAUUUGAAGAAACAGAUGUAAAAUUUUUUAGGUUUGUAAAGUAAUUUGAAAAACUUUCAAUCCUCAAGAUAUGUGUAGCAGUUCAAAAAAAAAAUGUGAUUUGUAAAGUUUUCUAGGUAUGUAUAAUAUUUUGAAAAAAUCUCAAGGAUUUUUAAGCAAUUAGAAAAAGAAAUUGUGAUUUAAUAUACUCUAAGUACGUAAAGUAUUUCGGAAAAAUAGAAAUUGUGAUGUAUUUUUUUCUAUGUAUGUCGAAUAAUUUUGAGAGAGAAAAAGAAUGUGACGUAAAAUAUUGGUUUGUACAUAACGGUCAUCUUGGCAUUUAAGCAUAUUGUAUGUGUUAAGUAAUAAAUCAUAAAGCAUCUUACAUAAUAACUGAAAAUACAGUUGAAAAAAUCUCAUGUGAUACCUUUUAUGUACUUUGUGCUGUUGUGUUUUUAUUGUUAUUUUUUUAAUAUAUUUUUGAGAAAGGAAAAUUUUGUGUGACUAAUAAUAAAUUAUUUCCUGAAUAUUUACCUGCUUGUGUAUGAAACAUACAUAAGUAUUGGCAGAAAAGAAAAGCAACUGAUCCUUAAUGUAAUAAUGUUUUAACCCUUAUUUUGCUGAAACUUAAAAGUGAUUAGUCUUUGUGACCCCCGUAUAAAGCCAGUCUAGCUUGCACAUCCUGGUAAGCUCAAUAGGUAGAGCGUUUGACUGUGAAUCGGGCGACCCGGGUUCGAUUCCCGGACGGCGCAGAUCACUUUCAUUGUGAUUGAUCAUGAAAUUAUUUCUACGGUCAUUCACACUGUGCCUCUGCUCUGGCAUGUACAGAAGUAAUCAGUUCCUUGGGAAAGUAAAGGCAACUAGUACUGGUCAACUGCUUGACAGCCUGCCCAGAAACGAUGCGAUGGCUGAACUAUGCUUUGGUAAAUUCAGUGUGGCUCACUGCUGUGAUCCGGAGUGAAAACUACCAACACCAUCACCAUCCAUGUAGUCUGGCCAGGCUCCAUACUGUUGGCUAACUAACUUUAAAUUUUCAUCUUCAUAUCCCCAAAAUUGACAAUAGACAGUCCAAGAAAUGGAAGCUGGUCAAGUCCAUUUAAGAAAUUUAGCCAUUUAAAAUGUUAAAUACUUUGGGAGGGGCUCUCUGUGGCCAGGUGGUUACUUAUAAUUUCAGACUUUUGAGUCACUGUUCCUAAGUUAUAGCAGGAGAAAGUUUCCUCAAUAAAAUUCAGCUGGCUGAGGGUUUAACCUGAACAAAAUAUAAAAAAAAACAUGAGUAAUAUAUCUAGGGUGUAUGCUGUCAUUCAUGAUGAUUUUCUAGCUCUAAGUCAAGCUAUUUUGAUUGCUGAUUUCUUUUCAUCAUUGUGGUGCAAAAACUUUUAUGUAGCCCAUUAUUUAAACAUUUUAUAAAGUAUCAACUUGAAACUUGGAAGCAAUAGUUUAAGGUGUUAUGUCCCCUUUUAACUUAGCAUAUUUCUAAAAAUUGGUUAUUGAUUGUCAUUAACAGUAACAGGUGAGCGUUAACACAGCAUGCGGUGCUCUUGUUCAAGAAAAUACAAUCUUCAAACAAGUUGUGUUAUUUACAAAUGUAUAUAUUUAAAUCCUUCCAUUGAAAACUGUGUAUAUACUUCACACCUAUGAAUUCCAUAUUACUAACCUUAUUAAGUGUGUACAUGUGAUUUCAAAAUGGCGAAAUGAAAGUGUGAAUGCGUGGUGAACUUUCUGUACUUAACUGACCAUAUCUAUCGUUACAAAUGAAAGCUUUUGAUUGUUACAAUUGAAAUAUCUUCAGAAAUUGAUUUGUUUUAUCAUGCAUUAAGGUAUGGCUUGUCAUAUAGGUGAUUUCUUUAGUCAUACUGGUGAUUUCUUUAUUACAUUAGCUGCAGUAGUGGAUUUUAUGACAUAUUGUCUUUGUGUUAGGUGAUUUUACAUGGGCUAGUUCAAGAUAUUCAUAUCUUUCAUAUUUUUCAAAAAUUGAUCGUCACCUCACCUUAGUGCAAUAACUGGUUAACUCCUGUUAAAUUAAGAAGGACUUAACCCAUUACUGCACUAAGGGGACAAGAUGUCAGGUUUUGGCCAGGGAAGUAAAGAAAGUUCACAAUAUUAAGGCGGUUUACUAACUUUUUAUUUAUUAUCUAAUUAUGUAUGAGGGUUUGAACAAUUUAGUGCUUGGUAAAAGUACAUUAGUUAAUGUAUGUAUGUACACCAGUGUAUUAUUUGCACAUUAGUUAAAAGUACAUAUGAGCCGCGUCAUGACAAAAACAACAUAGUGCGUUUGCGACCAGCAUGGAUCCAGACCAGCCUGCGCAUCCGUGCAGUCUGAUCAGGAUCCAUGCUGUUCGCUUACAAACACUAUAACAAGUAGAGAAAUUGAUAGCGAACAGCAUGGAUCCUGAUCAGACUGCCUGGAUGCACAUGCUGGUCUGGAUCCAUGCUGGUUGCAAACCCAUUAUGUUGGUUUUGUACAGCAGUGUAUUAUUUUCAUGUGAUGUACUAUUGAUGCACAAUAGGUAUUCUAUAUAUUGACUCUGUUUUUAUUACCGUAAUUAUCAUCUGAAACAUUUUACGAUCAUUUAUAUGCGAGCAUGAAAUAAAAUUUCAGAGUUUCGAGUGUAUAAAGCUUGCAACUUUAUGUUCGAAUUUUUUCCUGUUGUUUUGUAUUGUUUGUGUGAGAUCUUUAUGAAAUUGAUUUGUUGCGAUGUAUAUUAUUAAGAAUAAUACGAAGUAUGUUGUUAAGAAUAUUGCGAGUUUGUGUUGUUCGGUUAAUAGGUUUUAUUUUUUAAAAAUAUUCGAGGGACAUUAAAGUUUAUGUCACAUUUAAACAUAAAUAAGAGUAUAUUAACGGAGGGUAAGUAGUGUAAGAAAUGGUAUUGUGUACUUUUUUUCUUCCUAUGCACAUUUAAUACAACAGUAUCAGUUUUGAAAAAAAAAAAUUGCUUUCAUGUAACUCUGUUGUUUUAAUGUAUUAUAUUUUAGACAAUUUUAAAUAUCUGUUACUUAAAGAUACAUAUUAUGGCCAAGUGGACAGUUUCUUUAUUUAAACACAGUAUUUUAGGUGUUGUUAAAACAGACACUACAAAUAAUUGAUGUGUUGUUAAUGUUGUUGUUGGCAUAUGAUGAAAUGUGAUCUAAAUGAAUAAUUUAACAAUAUAAGCCGUGUCAUGACAAAACCAACAUAAUGCGUUUGCGACCAGCAUGGAUCCAGACCAGCCUGAUCAGGAUCCAUGCUGUUCGCUUACAUACCCUAUUACAAGUAGAGAAACUGAUAGUGAACAGCAUGGAUCCUGAUCAGACUGGGCGGAUGCGCAGGCUGGUCUGGAUCCAUGCUGGUCGCAAACCCAUUAUGUUGGUUUUGUCAUGACGCGGCUCAAUAAUAGUUUACAGAAACACAGUAAGGUGUGAUGAAAUGGGAUUGAAACAAAUCAUCAAGGUUAAUGCAUAUUUCAGGUUAGUUAUUUCAGAUGGAAAUCUUAAUAAUAAUAGAUAGAAUGGGCAUUAAGGAGUAGAAAAUAGCAAUUAGUUACAACAGAAUCAAAAAUUUUUGGAUCCUUUUAUUUAAAAUAUAGUGCACAAAUUAUAUUUUGUUUCAUACAGUAGUUAGAGAGUUUAAAUGUAUUAGAAUUUUUUUUUAAUUUAGGAUUUUACAAUCUUAUUUCUUUCAGAAUUUAUGUUUGUACUAAAAUUGUGUAUUCGAUUAGUAAGUACAGAAUAGAAGAAUUUUAAAGCAGAGUGCCUCCAGAUUCAUGCUGAUUUUCAUGAAAAUUAUAAAAAAUGUAUAAAAAGGUAAAAUAUUGUGAAUUGAACAAGGAGAGUAAUUUAUACAUGUUAGACAACACUUAAAAUUUAUAAUUUUUAUCAAAAAUAGGUUAGAAUAUGCAAAAAUAGCCCUUACUGCAUUAGUCAUGCAGUUGAAAAAUGGUGAUAAAAACUGCAAAAUCAGUCAGUAAUUGCAUAUAACAUGUAAGUACUUUCUUGAAUUGUGAAUGUUUUUACUUUUCUUAAAAUAGUAGUACAUUAUUUAUAAGGUUGAUUUUCAUGAAAUAUGUUAGCUCAUCUGGAGGCAUGCAGCUAUAAAAACAGCACGAGACUUUGAUGUGAAAGUAUAACUUUAUAUGUAUAAGAAUAAAAGAAUUUAACUUUAUAUAGUGAAACCUCUCUGUACUGGAUAGCAUCUGUGCUAAGUUAUUGGACUUGUUUACAGGUUUAUCUGUACUAGAGUGGUUUUAAUCAGUUAACUGUAGUUUUAUAGAAAAAAUCAUGAGGUGUUUUAAACUCGGAAAAUGUUAUUUAUUUGUUAUUGUAUAUUCGGAUUUAAAUGAGAUGUGAGUGCUUUGUGUUUUCAUUUCUCAUUGGUCGUUAUGUUAUCACAAUUUUGACUGUAAAUAUAUGGUGAAAUAAAAUGGUAAUAUAUU